AUGAAUAUCAAAAAACCUACUACCAAGAGUAAGGAAGAUCAAAAUAGAUUAAGAAUGGUAUUAGAUUAUCGUUGGGAUCCUAAAUAUCAACCACAAGGAAAACCCGCCAUUCCUGAAUCAUUUAAAAUAGUGCGGGAAUCUAAUCCAAUCGAAACUAAGCUAGGCAACGAUUUAUAAGCAAUAUUUAUUAAUCUAAAGUGGGGGUAGCAUCUGAAGAUCGAGCAAUUUAAAUAAUUCAAUUUGACAGAUUCAUAAAUGCAUAAUGGCAUGUUGUUCAUUUGGUGUGAAAAAGAUAAUAUUAUGGAAAUUAUUGAUCAGCUGGAAAAGCUUGGAUUUAAUUAUGUCGAGAAUUUCACAACAGUUCUAUUAUCAUUAGAAAAGAUAUUGACAAUAAUGCCCUCAGAACCUCAAGUUAGGAAGAUUACAGAAUUCUUCAGCAAGAAGAAUGUAAAAGAGCAAAAGGAAAUAAAAAAGAUAGACGGGUUGAGAAAUUAAGAAUAAUUGCCAGAUUUAGAUCCCACUUAAGUUUUUUGGAACGAAGAUUACACAUACUUUAGAAAAACCAAAAGAACAUUGUUGAUGUUUAGAAAGCAGUCCAAACAACAAUUAGAAUUAAGACAUCAAAGAACUGGAGAUAUAUUCUUUGAUGUCAUUGAAAAGGAUGCUUAAAAUAUAUCUGCAAUAGGAAUGGAAUAUAUUUACAAGAUGAUUGAGACUUUAUUACCAAAAGCAUAAUACAAGGCAGGGGAGGGUUUAAAAAUGAUGGAAUUGUUUGCCGAUCCAAAUACUUUUGGAAGGUCAGGUUGGAUUUAAGUAAUUUAAGAGUGA